UCUUUUCUUUGAUUCUUCAUAAUCUUUCACCAUGUCAGUUGAUAGUAAUGCUAGUGUUCAUGGUGGCACUGCUCAGAGUCACAACAAAGGGUACCAAACAGAUACUCUCAAUCCCUAUUUCUUACAUCCUAAUGAAAAUCCUGGGCUUGUUUUGGUUACUCCUUCUCUUUCUGGCUCCAAUUAUCACUCAUGGUCACGUGCAUGACUAUGGCAUUGAAAUCCAAGAACAAACUUAGGUUUAUCAAUGGUACUCUUCCUCGUCCUGAUGACGAAGAUCAUGACUCAAUAGCUUGGGAUCGUUGCAAUACCAUGAUUAUGUCAUGGAUCACAAAUUCUGUUGAUGUUGAAAUUGCUCAAAGUGUCAUUUGGAUGGACACUGCUUCAGAGGUUUGGCUGGAUCUCAAAGAUCGUUUCUACCAAGGAGAUAUCUUUCGUAUCUCAGAUCUUCAAGAAGAAAUUUACACUCUCAAACAAGGUGAUAGUUCUAUCUCUGCUUAUUAUACCAAAAUGAAGAAACUUUGGCAAGAAUUAGAUAAUUUUAGGCCUAUUCCUGAAUCCAAUUGUGUCAAUAACUGUGUUGCUAUGGCAAAGAUGAAAGAAUACAAAGAAAAUGAUCAGGUAAUACGUUUUCUUAAAGGCCUAAAUGAUCAAUACUAUGCUGUUAGAUCUCAAAUUAUGCUCAUGGACCCUCUCCCUAAGAUUGCUAAGGUUUACUCUUUACUUGUGCAACAAGAGAGGCAGAUAGUUAUUCCUAUUGAUGAAUCUAAACUGUUAGCAAUCAAUGGUUACAAUUCUUAUGCUGGGAGGGGUCAAACUAGCAGAGGUAGGGGCUAUAGAGGUGGUGGUAGGUCUAAUGGAGGUCGUGGCAAAGGUAAAAUGUUAUGCAGUCACUGUGGCCAGACCAACCAUAUCAUAGAUAACUGCUGGAAGAAGUAUGGAUACCCACCUCAUAUGCAACACCUGCAGCAUAAUGGAAAUAAUGGAGCUGUCAAUAAUUGUGUUACUGGUAAUGGUGAUGAUGAUGAGUCCCAUACUGUUACUUGUGAAGAGGAAAAUGUUGACUCAGAAGCUGGGAAACUGUUGCUCACAUCAGCUCAACAAAAAGCAUUGCUUGCACUCCUCCAAGGCUCACAAUCAUUGCCCUCUCAUAGUAUUAACCAUGUAACCACAAACUGAGGUACACUUUGUACCAUUCCUACUUCAAGUGACUCCAAUGAUUUUAUUCUUGACACAGGAGCCACUGACCAUAUAUGUUUUUCACUUCAAUUUUUUCAAUGCAUCAGAAAAAUUAA